AUGGACAACUUGAGACCAUGCAGGACUUGCAGCAAGAUUACCAACCCCUGGAUGUUUCGCUUAGACAACAUGCAGGCCUGCCUCCGCUCCUGCACCAAAGAGGGUGAGCUCUUCCGACAAGAAGUGGCAGAGUUUUGGUGCGUGUCGCCCUGGACCACUCUCUGCUAUGACCUGCCAAAGUUUGCAGCCUACUUGCAUCACAGAAGGACCAAGGCGCUCACGGAAGCCAGUGUCAUCGGCACAGCACUGGCCAUGCAUGGAGCCAAAGAGAAGGCAGACUCCGGAGUGACGGUCAGCAGCUUGGGCUUACCAGGCCAGUGCGACACCUGGCAGACCUGGUUGUGGUGGAAGAUGGAGGAGCUGAAGAAGCAUGCCAGGUGGAACCAGAAGAAGUGUGUCGCAGUGCACUUGGACGGCGCAGGCGAUGAGCUGAUGAAUAUCCCCAUGCAACAACUUGAUGAGGAGGAGGAUAUCGAGUCUGUUGUCAUGGUGGUGGGAGGUCCAGAUGGCAUCAAGAGGCCAAUCAUGAAGGAUAUCAAUCACAUCUUGUCAAAGUCCUGCCAUGCAUACUUGAAGAUAAAGUUGCCGGGCGGCCGACAACACACAAACGUCGUCAUCUCCGACUUUCUAAUGGCCCAUGAUCGUGGCAGCUUGCUCCACGAUCUUCAUCAGCUCAUGCGCUUGGGCCGAUCGGGCUAUGCUGCCUUCAAGGCUGAGGCCAAAGGUCUGUGGGAGCUGAUUGCGCAGCGGAAGCGAGAUCCCAAGCAGGCCGAAGAGAUGCUGCGCAAGCUCAUGGCUGUGGUGGAAGAGUUCGAUCAAUUGCAGGUGGAGCCAAAGGCUCAGCCUAAGAAAGAAGAGAAGGACGCCAAGCUCCCCCAGGCCAAAGCCGCCGAUGAGAGGACGACACUGGAGGCUGAGCUGGAAGAACCAUUUGUACCGGUUGAUUGGCACUUCUAUAGCUUUGGUGGAGCUUGUAAGCCAGUGCUAUGCCCCUAA